AUGGAGAAUUGGGGUCUUGUUACUUACAGGGAGAAUGCACUUUUGCACGACCAUCACAGCACCACUGAGGCCAAGCAAGAUGUCGUUAAGCUGUUGGCACACGAGUUUGCUCAUCAAUGGUUUGGAAACCUCGUAACUCCAUCAUGGUGGUCAUCCCUUUGGCUUAGCGAAGGUUUCGCAACGUAUUUCGAAUACUGGAUCAAUGACAAGGUCCAGCCAUCGUGGCGAAUGAUGGAUCAGUUUGUGAUUGAAAUUCUUCAACAAAAGGCUUUCCACGCUGACGAUAACGAGGCGCAGGUUGCAAUGGAUGUAACGAUGGAGUUAAACAGUCCUAUUCAAAUUUUAAUAACAGCUUUCAACAGUGUGGCGUACUUCAAAGCCAGCUGUGUAAUUCGGAUGUUCGUCCACGUGCUCACACCCAACGUAUUCCAAACUGGAUUGCAGAACUACCUUAAGGCCAAGAGCUACCAGGCUGCCACUUCCGGUGAUUUGAUCAGGGAAUUAACAGCUGUCAGCCGAGACAUUGAGUUCCUGGAUAAAGCACUGGUUUCUUGGAUCAAACAACCUGGUUACCCGGUCCUCACGGUGACGCGAGAUUACAAAACUGGAAACGCUGACAUAUCGCAAAAACGAUUUCUCACUGAAAGCAGAGGAGCCCGAAAGGAAAAGUGGUUCGUCCCAAUCAACGUCGUUUCCGGACAGGAACCUGCCAGUUUUUCAGAUACCAAUCCAACCCAUUGGCUCCGCGAUGACGAGGAAGCUCUGAAACUCUCGGGAUUGGAUGCCAACAAUUGGAUCAUCUUGAAUAGCCAGCAAACCGGUUACUACCGUGUGAAUUAUGAUGCCAGGAACUGGCAGUUGAUCAUCAACUAUCUGAAGGAUCCAAACACCAUGAAAAAUAUCCACGUUCUGAAUCGAGCUCAACUCCUGGACGAUGCUUUUCAUCUCGCUGAAGCCGGUGAACUUCCGGAUCAUUCGAUUUUUUUGGAAAUGACGAAUUAUCUCCAGCACGAAGAGGACUUUGUUCCAUGGUACGCAGCCCAUCGUGCCUUCGAGGUCCUCGACAGAGCUUUGAGGAAUACUGCAAUUUACGACCGCUACAAGCUCUAUGUUCUACGACUUAUUACAAAAUUAGAAAAGAAAUUGGGCUUCUCUGGGAAUGAGGACGAAAGUGACGACGUCAAGUUGAACAGACUGAAUGUCAUCAAACUGGCAUGUUCAGUAGGCUCGAUCAAAUGUAUGACAGCUUACGCAAUGAUGCUGUUACAUGUUUACGGAUUGGGGAAGGCUCCAGCUGAUUUUCAAAGUGUUGCGUUUUGCGCGGGAAUGCGAUUCGCGACCAAAGCCGUGUGGGAAAUAGCUUACAAUUACACGACUUGGUUGUCUUCAGACUCCAGCGAAUAUCGAAACCUCGUCAAUGCACUUGGUUGCUCUUCUGAUGAGGAAAUUCUCAAGUUGUACCUUGAGAAAGCAUUUAUCACGGAAUGUAAAAUUGACAGAAACGAUGCUGCCAAAUCGGUGCAGAAUGGUGACGCAGCUGGUGUCAAUGCCUUCUUAGCCUUCGUCGAGGAGAAAUUCCAGGCCAUCGUAGACAAGUACGGUCCCGGAGAAAUCGUCACGAUUCUUACGAACAACGCAGACAAAAUUACUACAUACGAGCAAUAUGAACGGAUGUAUGCACUUCCCAACUUGUUUUGUGACGAGCACUUGGAUCUAGCCUAUGACCUCGACCCCGCCGACACCAUAGCCUGGAACAGCGUCGAGUUUUCAAAAAAAAUCACAGACACCGCUACCAAGUUUUUGAGUGCACAAAACUUGGUUGAACAAUGA